GUUUUUGGGGGAAUUUAAGUCCCGAUUUGUAGGGAAAAGUGUGGAGGGUGGGGGUCUAAGGUAAUCCAUGAAAAACCCUAGGAUCGCGAUCCAGGAGGAAGCUGUGUAGAUGCAUGUCGGGGGCAUAACAGUGGAUCCCAAUUGGUUCCUGCAAUUGAUAAUCACUCUCUUCGUCGUAGCAUUCGGGGUGCUUUAUUUGGUCAAGAACACGGCGUCGAAGUACUUCGAAGUCGACGCCAAUUUCGAUAGGGAUCAAACCAUGACUGCGAUUCCGAUGGAUUCCGACCGGCCUUCUUGCGCCGCCUGUGGGAAUCACGGCACUAAGGUCUGCUCUCGUUGCAAAUCAGUUCGUUAUUGCUCUCCAGAAUGCCAACGGACCCACUGGAAGUCUGGGCAUCGGACAGAAUGUAAAGAAAAUUCAUCGGAGACAGCAAGAACUAAAAAGUUAUCUGGAAUUGCACUUGUACCUGCUAGUGGAACAUCAAAGAUUAUCAAAAAGCCAAGAAAGGUUCUUUUUCCAUAUGAUGAGUUUCUGAAACUUUUCAACUGGGAAAAGCCAGGAUUCCCUCCUUGUGGCCUUUUAAAUUGUGGAAAUAGUUGCUUUGUCAAUGUGGUUCUGCAGUGCCUUGUGUCCACCCGGCCACUUGUUGCCUACUUGUUGGAGAAAGGCCAUCAGGGAGAAUGUGGACGUGAUGAUUGGUGCUUCUUAUGUGAAUUUCAAACCCAUGUUGAAAGAGCUAGCCAAAGUCCACAACCUUUUUCGCCAACUAACAUUUUCUCAUGUUUGAAAAAUAUUGGUGGUAAUCUUGGCUAUGGAAGACAGGAGGAUGCACAUGAAUUUAUGAGGUUUGCCAUUGAUAGAAUGCAAUCUGUUUGUCUUGAUGAAUUUGGUGGAGAAAAGGCUGUGGAUCCUAGCUGUCAAGAGACAACACUCAUUCAGCAUAUCUUUGGUGGUCACCUACAAUCUCAGGUGAUUUGCACAAAAUGCAAUAAGAUUUCAAAUCAAUAUGAAAACAUGAUGGAUUUAACUGUUGAGAUUCAUGGAGAUGCUACAUCAUUGGAGGAAUGCCUUGAUCAGUUCACUGUGAAAGAGUGGCUUCAUGGAGAAAAUAUGUACAAAUGUGAUGGAUGCAAUGACUAUGUCAAGGCAUGGAAGCGACUUACCGUUAGGCGUGCUCCUAACAUUCUUACCAUUGCCUUGAAAAGAUUUCAGAGUGGCAGGUUUGGGAAACUAAACAAAAGAGUUAGUUUUCCUGAGACUUUAGAUCUUACCCAAUACAUGAGUGAAGAAGGAGAUGGUACCGAUGUUUACAGACUUUAUGCAGUUGUGGUUCAUGUGGAUAUGCUGAAUGCAUCAUUUUUUGGUCAUUACAUAUGUUACACCAAGGAUUUCCAGGGAAGCUGGUACAGAAUUGACGACUGUAAGGUUGUGAGUGUUGAAUUGGAAGAGGUACUUUCUGAGGGGGCAUAUAUGCUAUUGUAUAGCAGGGUUUCUGCCAGACCAUCAUGCCUUAGACCCACCGAAUCUGGUGAUGAUGAACAGAAAGAAAUAAAAUCUGAAGUAGAGCCUUCCCCCAAAGAAGUUGAAUGUUCCUCUGCUGCAGGGUCGGUCAAUCUCAGUAGUGGUACUGCUUCUAAGUUAUGCAAUGGUACUUCACAUUCGGAAGUUCCUAGGUCUGAAAUCAAGUCAUCAAAUGGAAAGUCAAGUUCAUCUCUUUACAAUGGGGAAACCUUUCGUGACAAUGACUCUUAUCUCCAUGGUUUUGAAGCUAUUAGGCAAGAUGCCCAGGAUAUCAAUAUUAUUAAUAUAAAUGGAGCAAGAGAAGGUUCAGACGACAUGAGUACAGUUAGGGCCCAGUCAUGUUCUUCCAACAUCAAUGUGGAUUUUAGCUGCUCUGAUAAUGAACUGUCUGUUGCCAAAGCUGGAACAGAUGAUCCAGAGGAUAUUGAUAUGGUUGAUGUGGAGCCAUGUUUAUCUGCCUUGAACAAGAUAGACAGCUGUGAGGAAGAUUUGCAUGUAGCAAUCAACAAAGAUUCAGAAGAGAUGGAAAUAUGAUCAAUUCUGAAUCAAGUUCGUCAGAUGUGAAUGCUGACCAUAACAUUUAUUCUUUUUCUGGUGAUGCAUCUUCAGCCAGACCCCCUAAUUUGAAAUGCUUAAACGGUUCAGUUCUUGAGAACACAAUGGAAUCAAGAAGCUGAAGUAGCAGAGUAGCACAUGAGAGUUCAUUAUUAUUUGGCUGCAUUUCCCACUGAUCUUUUUGUCAUAAGAGGAUCCUGUCAUCAUAAGACCGAUGUUUUGGGAUUACUCUGUCUGGGGUUUGAUUAUUUGCAGAAAUCUCAGAUUCUAUUGUACCAUUUUUCGGACAUACACUUUAACCAUUUUAGAUUUGACAUAAUGCAAUGAUAUGAGUUAUUUAGCUACGUAGUAGUCUUCUGCCAAAUAUGUUCUUGAGUUAUGAAAAAUGAAUAAAUUACAAGCAAGACA